GGAAAGGAGGAAGGAGAAAGGAGGACGCAACACUGAUCGGAGCGAGCGACAACAGAAUCUGCCGAAAGAGCUAUACUCAGUGUUCGACAUCUGCCCUUUGCUGCUGGCAGCCUGUGAAGCGGGUCAAGGCGGCUGUUCCGAUUGGAUCAGAUCAUUGCUGUUUAGCGUGGCCAGCGCAUCCGUCAGCAGCCUUGUUGCACUGGCUGAGGUGCAUGGAUGGGUCUUGCACUCCUGUCCUCACUUCUCUGCACCCUUUUCCUCUGGCGCAUGACCCUCACCCGCUCCAGAGGUAGGUAGGGUAUCAACAGACAGACAGACAGACGCUCACAGACAGACCUCAACCUCUGUGCUUCAUUCAUGUGUGAUUGUUCGUGCCAUUCAGGUUUUGUGCAUCGACCUACUUAUCAUAAGUCACCGUCAUCGCCCCUCUUCCUCUCCCCCCCUGUCCGCACCCUCCCGCCAUCCACAGCGUCCCUUCUCCCGCGUCACUGGCCGGCACAGCAACCGAGCAGCGGCCGGUUCCCACUCUUAUUAUCGUGGCCUCGUGCAAGGCGCCUUCUGACGGGCAUGGCUGGGGGUGGCGACGGGACGCCGGCAGGGACCACUGGCGCGACGUCGGUGUAUGGCGAGAAAGAGAGUGGGGGAUCGCGUGUGCGGUCUGAGUCUGGCGUGUCUGGGAGGAUAGAGCGGACUGAGACCGGCGGGCGGUGGCGUGAGAGCUCGUUCAGGGAGAGCUAUGAGCUUUACAAGGAGCUGGAUGGCACCGAGGACCCCAUGCUUGAACCGAUCGCAGGAAGAUCUUUGCGAGUCCUCGUGGAUGCACUCAGGUACCCUCAGCCAUCCACCCAACACGUGUCAUCUCACCCACUGUGCAUCAUGCAGGUUGUACGGCCCAGAGGGUGUGGUGUGUUCCUUCAACGGCGGCAAGGACGCCGUGCUGAUCCUGCAUUUGAUGCGUGCGGCGCUGGCCAAAUACCUCUACGACAAAAUGCGUGACGCGCGGCGACGCAAGGGCGGCCGGGCGGUGUCAGAGGCCAACCUGGACGAAGAGGUGCCCGUCGACACCCUGCUGGCCGAGGGGUACGGGGAGCUGCUGACGGGGAGGUGCCGCGCCAUCUACUUCGAGAACAACCAGACUGAGUUCCAGGAAGUGAGGGACUUUGUGUGGGACACCCAAAGGCAAUACGACAUCGACCUCAUGUGGGUGGGUGGGACAGACAGGAGAGGGCAGGGCGCAUACACAAGACAGACAACAGACGUACGUGUUCGUCCAUGUGUGUGUAUUUGUGUCUGUGUGCGUGGCGUGCAGGGUGUUCCACAGCAAUUUUGUGGAUGGUUUGUCCGAGUGUUUGGGUCUGCAGGAGGAGCAGUACGGCAACGACAAGCUGGCCUUUGUACUGGGGACCCGGCGCGGGGACCCCAACUGCGGUGACCAGGGCUGGUUCGAACCCAGCAGCACCUGGAUGCCCCCCUUCAUGAGGGUCAACCCCAUUCUCGACUGGGACUACGGUCACCCACCCACACACCCACCUUAUGUGUGUCAUGGACAUGGUGUGUUUGUAUCGUGUGCAGGGUCUGUGUGGCAUUUCCUGCGCACCCACGGGCUGCCGUAUUGCCGUCUGUAUGACGAGGGCUACACGUCGUUGGGCCGCAAGGACAACACGUGGAAGAACCCGGCGCUGCGCAACGAGGACGGCAGCUACCAGCCCGCAUACCUGCUGGCAGACUGGGCCAAGGAGAGGGCCGGCAGGAUACCCACUGGGGUAAGUAGUAUGGAUGUCAGUGGGCGACACACAUGCAGACGGAUGGGUGGAUGGAUGGGUCAAUUUGACCAGGAGACCACCCUUGAGUGCGAGUUGCGUGACAUCGACGCGAGGCGGCGGAAGAUCAAGGAGGCCAGGAGUGCCAGCCUGGUGGUCAUCGGCGACGAGAUACUCAAGGGCAAGACCUCCGACGCCAACACCUACACCGCCACCAAGGAGCUCAGAGCCACCGGUCCGCCCUCCCUCCCACCCUUCGCCUCUGCUCGCACUCUCCCAUCUCUCUCCCUCCCUCUCACUCUGUGGCUGCAGGUAUCCCACUGCGUCGAGUGAGUGUUGUGAGCGACGACGAGGACGAGAUCGCCGAGGAGGUCCGCCGGCAGUCGCAGAAGUUCGAUGUCGUCAUCACCUCUGGCGGCAUCGGCCCCACCCACGACGACGUGACGGUGCGUGCGGUGGCCAAGGCGUUCGGCCAGCGGAUGGCCAUCAACAAUGACAUGCUCAACCGGAUUAAGCUGGCCUUCAGGAUCAACGACGGACAGCCCCUCACUUCGGUACCUACACAGACACACACACAGAGAGAGACAUAGGGAGGGAGGGAGACACGAGUGUGUAUGUGUGUGUGUGAGUAUCAGGCCCAGCGCAAGAUGGCGUGGCUGCCCGAAUUCGCGACACUCCGAACGGCCCCCAGCUCAGCAGGGGUAAGCAGGAUACCUACCGUCCACCACACGUGUUGUGUGCCCGUGUGUGUGUGGCUGGGGCGACUGGUUCACCCAUUCCCUCCUUCACCUGUCAUGUGUCGUGCAGGCCAAGGAGUGGCCGAUCCUUCAGUGCGAGAAUGUGUUCAUUCUGCCGGGCGUCCCCGAGUUUUUCAGGAAGAAGGUCGAGAUCAUCUGCAGACACUUCCUCACCUCAAACCCCAUAUUUGCAAAACGGGUCAGUGUCCAUGGCCUUCUCCCAUCCAUCCCUCCCUGUUUGAUCCCUCUCUCCCUCUCUCCCUCUCUCCCUCUCUCCCUCUCUCUGUCUGUGGAUCCAGGUAGUAUUGCGCGCAGUCGAGGAGAAGAUAGCGGCCCAUUUGGAUGCGACGGUGGAGGAGCACCAGGAGGUGACCUUCGGCAGCUACCCCUUCUUCCACCAUGCGUCCUUCAAGACUAUCAUCACUCUCGAGGCCGCUGAGGAAACCAAGGUCGAGGCCGCCCUGGAGGCGCUACUCGGUCGGUAUUCCAGCCCCCCACAUCUUGUUCUCUCUCUCUCUCUCUAGUGGAUGUGGGCAAUGUGUGUGUGGAUGUGUGUGUGGUAGGUCGUCUGGACGCCGAGUGGAUCGUGAAGGUGGAGGACAGCGACACCCUGUCGGUCAAGUCAGACGAGAUGGCCGCGGCGGCCCCACCGACACAGAACCAGGAGGAGCAGAGGGCGGCCUCACCCUCACGCACCGAAGCCACCAUACACACAGACUGACUGAUCGAUUCUGCCGGCCACCAAGCCGUCUAGAAGAGGUUUUUGUGUCAGUAGCAGAGUGUGUGUGCGUGCGCGAGAGUAUAGGGCGG